CAGGUAGCUCAUUCUGAUACAAGCAGUCCAGGUAAGUAGUUUGGGCUUGAUAAAUAUAGUUUAUAUAGGUAUGUAUGUUCCGUGCGCCACUCAUUUUCCACGGUCCACAGCAGCAAUCUUGGUAGCCAUGACAGCAGAUGUGUCAUGGCGACCAAGAAGGCGGCAGUAUAAAAAAAUAUUUGGCAAACACAUCUGCUAAAAUGGGAGGGGAUAGAGAAUGUGCUAUUUUAACUACUUAAAAUAGAAACUUAAAUAGAAUAAAAAUUGAGAAAUCCUGAAAUCUACUACUCUACCUAAUCCAAAUGCUAAGUCAGUAUUCCUGACUCAAGCGAAUAAUAAGUCGUAAAUAUAUUCCCUCCUAACUUGAGCAUAAAUUACCCCUAAAUUUUGCUCCCCCUAGCUUCCUAACUUAAGCGUAAAUGUUCAAACCCAAAAACAAUGGACCAAUGUCUAAAAAUGAACCCUUAAACAAUGUGUUUGUGUGCUACAGUUCCACGCGUUACUGUUCUGAGAAAAUUGUAAAUUUGAUUUUUUUAAAUUAAGUUAUUCUUAAAAUAUUCAAAAUAAUAAAAACCCAACUUACAGUUUCAUCCAAUACAUUUUGCACACUUUUUUUGCAGGUUCCACCAAAAAUAAAAUCCAAAAGUUAUUGUCAGAAAAAUCAAUUGCUAAUGUCUAUUCAGCUCGCCACUUUGAAUUUCUGUGUAGGACUCUCUCCUUUUUUUUAUUCUUGGAUAUCAAUACGCCUCUGCAAUGUUUUAAUUUAUUAUUUCAUUGGGUGGUUAAUUCAAAUAUUUAAAAUGAGGCUAAAUUUUUCAAGGCAUCUUGGAGUGGAUAUUAUUUUUAAGAAAAGAAAAGUUAUAAUGUAGAAAACUUGAUGAAUGUUGAAUGACAUUAAAAUCUAGGGUCAAUUAACGCUAUUCUCUCCACUUUAAGUUUCUGUGUAGGAUUCUCCCCCCAUGUUUAUUCGCGGAUCGCUAACUAUACUUUUAUUGUUUAUUAUUUAUUGAGACAACAAUGGGAUAUUUUUGUUGUGGGCUGUUUAAAAGUAAUAUUUCAUAGUGGGGUUAAUUUUAUUUCAAAACAAGGCUGUUUUUGCCGGUCUGCCAUCUGAUCAUUUAUUUAAAUAGUUUUUGGCUUUUCUGACAUCUUUUGGAUUUAUAAAGUGUGUAAAAGUGUAUUCAAUGAAACUGUAAGUUGGGUUUUCAUUAUUUUGAAUACUAUUUUUUUUAAGAAUUUUAAUUUGUGUACCUAUAUUUAAAUUUAGAAAUUUCUUAGUACUGUAUGUAACUGUAGCACAUGAACAUGUGGUUAAGGGUUCAUGUUAGGUCUAAGAUUUUGAAUUGGAAGGUUUUUCUUUUUUUUUUUUUUUUUUUUGUUAAAAUUUGUAUUUUUUGUUAUUUUUUUUUAAGUUUUUUUUUUUAAAAACUUUUGCCUUUUUUCCUGGCUUUCUUUUUUUUUUNGUCCAGGCUGAAGAUGUUUCACUUUCACUCACAAGAAGUUGUGUGUGUGUGUGUGUGUUUGGCACCGUUUCGUGAUUAGAACCAGAAAAAAAGUUGGGGGGGGGGGGGGGGGGGCUGCAAAAACAAAGGGAAAUAAGUGGCUGGGAUUGCACAAAUUUAUCAAACAUAAUUUAGAUUUUAGUAUGUUCAGGAAAAUCUUCAUUAAAAUAUGGACAAUUGUUACUUCAGAUACCGACAAGGAUUUUGAUCCAUCAGCUGAUAUGAUGGUGCAUGAUUAUGAUGAUGAAAGAACUCUUGAUGAGGAAGAAGCCAUGACAAGUGGAGAAAGCUGUACAGGAGAGUUAGAUGAUUUACAAAAGGUACCUUCAUGGGACUUUUUAUUUACUUAGGCUUAUUCCGUCAUUUUUGACUAAGUGCAUCGGCCGAUAAAAAACACGGUCCUUUAGCAACUUCCAAUCCAAUAUUUAACCGGAAUUGUAGCCACUUCCUUUUAUUAAUAAUUAAAUCAUCUUCCGGUUCAAGCUGUUUCUUGAUAACUUAAAAAUAAAUACUUUUUAAUCAGAGUUUAUAUCACUGUUUUCUUUAAGCUAAAAUGGUUGAAACUAUGCCUGGGCCUUCAGUGCAAGAACUAAUAGAAAUAUGUUUGAAAGUGUUUUAGGAGAGGUUGCAAGUGAUACUGAUGAUGAUUUUAACAUUCCCCAUGACGAUAUCAGUUGAGAUUAUUCUUCUCGUGAAUUUUAUACUAGUCUUAGUGAUACUGAAGUAGACCUACUGAGGCUACUGUUAGAUUUCGAGCCAGGCCCGGAGGUUGGGCAAAGACUGACUGAAUUUUAGUCACAGAAGCUACAGAUUAUAGAUCAGAACUAAUAAAUGUUAUAGUUAAACAACCCAAAUAAGUUCCUCGGUUCCUUUUUAAAUGUUUACUGGUCAAUAACUAUUUUGCCCGAGAUUUUGUACUUGGUUUUAGCAGUGGUCCCAGUUUCUUUUAUAAAUGACAUAAAAUUACUAAAAUUGCUUUCAGAGGUUUAAUUGCAAUCAAAACCAUAGCAAAGUAUACAUUUAUCUGCAAGAUAAAUGAAUUGGCUAAAACAUUUAGAUUUGUGUUUUAAGAUUGUGAUGUUAUGAGCACUUGAAAGCAAGACAUUUUCUAGAUAUUUUUAUUCUUGAGAACUCCAAGGUCAAGGACACUGAACAAAAAUUUUUUACAGGGUGGGCAAUAUGGCCAACUUUAUCCCCAUCCAUUUACCUUUCUAAAAGUAUAUACUUAUUGGGGUCUUGUAUCAAUAUUUCUAUGUCAUUUAAUGCAAUUUCAAAUGGCACCCAAAACGCUCUGAAAAGCUCCACACCACAGAAUGAUGCAUGCCACAGUUCAUGGGUUAAAGUAAAAAUUGUGUCUCAUAAUAUGUAUUUGAAAUGUAUUUCAUUAAUAUCUGGAUACAUUAUCAUGAUUAUGUUUUGUUUGUUGUAACUUAAUAUAUGUAUUUUAACCCACUCCUGCCUAGUCCGCAUUUGAUGUGUAACUUUCCGCAUAAACUACAAAUGUACUGGUGCUAAUUUUUUAAGUGCCAUUCAGUCCCUUUGGAGAGCCUUCCUAAACUUAUAACUCUUGACACCUAGUAAAGAAAGCAGAUGAAAACGUAACAAAGAGCAACCUUCUCAAAAGAAUAGCGGUAAACUUAUCAGUUUUGUAUAGGUUUCUAGAUACCCUAAAAAGGCAUAAUAUAUCAAAACACGAUCUUUGGUUUUGUGAAAUUAGCUGGCCCUUUCAUGAAUGAUUCUAAGUGUGAGUUUGGAUCACCAAGGGUAUCAAUGCUCAGUGUUUAAGGAGGCGUCAGUGAAUUAAUGUAUGAAAAAAAAAAUUUAAUUAAGAAAAAUGUAUAUUUCUUUUUUUUUUUUAUUACUUUUUUUUUAUCAGCAAUAGAUAACAGAUAUGGAUAAGCAUUGGCUGGAGAUAAAAUAAUAUUGCUGUUUCAGGUACACUAGAAAAGGGCUGUUAACUACAAUACUUGUAUUAUUAGCAAGACGCUUGAGCGUGACACAUUAUUAAAUUUACUUUAAAGAGAAAGAUUUUUCCUACACUUACUCCAUGCGAGAAUUAAAAAAUUAUAAAGCUUGUCUGUUCCUUUGUUUUUCCAAAGAAUGACUGCUGUUGUGGGGUGAUGAAAGAAUUUCCAUCCGAGUUGUUCUGAAUCAUUUAAGACUAUUGUUGAUUACAUUUUGUAUGUUUUCAGGAGAGUGAAAUGCCUAUAGAAGAUCUUUUGGCACAGUAUGCUGCAGGUCCAGCAGGCUCAGAAGAAUUAGCUGACAAUUCCCAGUCUACAUCUUCCAGUAGUGAAGAAGAAGCUUUUGAUGGUCAUAGCCUACGAUUCGAGAAAGAAAUACAUUCUCAGCAUGCAAUAAACAAUGGCACUGGAUCAGAUGAAAGGGAUAUCAAUCCACAUGAGUCGGUACAUAAUGUAUCCAGAUCGCAAACUGGUCGCUUAUUAAGAUGUGAGUUAAAAGUAAAACUUGCAACCUCAAAUACAUUGACUGAUCAAUUGUGAUGAAGUGAUUUUAAACAAACAUAUUUUUUUUUAAAUUGUAGUUUGGUUUUUUUUUCGUAUGAGAGGGUCCCCACACAGUCUGGAAAUAGUCAGGAAUUUAUUGAAUGAUUUUCCCGGUCGGGAAAAUGUGCCUUUUAGUAAGGAAAUUUUCUGAAUUUGUAAAAAAUAAUAAUAAAUUUAACUUUGGGUGCCAUGAAAAUUGACGGUAAUUGCUGAUCUCGUCUACUUUUAGCCUUUCUGUUCAAAAGGACAUUGCUAGUGGUUUUCCCUUAACUGCGCAUGCGUUUUGAGCUCUACAAGUAUCUAUUUCCGUACAACUUCAAUAGACCAGAAAUAUUUAUUUUCUGUUCACAUCGCCGAUCAAGAGAUGUUCGGCUGUUUGGGUAAGUAAAGUGUAAAAUAUAGUAAAUAAUUAUUUGAAUCUAGUUUUCAAUUGUGAGGUAACCAUUAUAAAUAGAAAUCUACUCACCCAAGCGCUGUCUACAAUGACUAAACUUAGCGUAUUUUGUUAUGCCAUAGUCUUCAUAAGUUGAUUUUAAGUCGGUUUUACCAAAUGUGAAUGUGGGUUUGUGUUUUGUUUUUAUUAGCGCUAGGCAGCCGUAAACUUAUUUUUAAGACUUUUAAGUUCACUUUACAUUUAAUUGCCGAGUAGGCCUUCUAAUUUUAAAUAGGCUAAUAUGAUUAAGUUAUUUCGUGAUGUUAUUUUUGCGUAGAUUAAUUAGCUAGUUUACUGCAGAUGUCGGAAAUUUAAAAGUUAAUUAAACUAAAACUAGUUGACUGAACUUAAUACAUCGAUUCAGUGAGCCUAACUACCGUACUAAUAUAACUGUAUAUAGUUAGUCGUUAUUUUAUGCACUCCUGUGCUCUGGGUAUACUUUACGGUAUUAUACUAUUAUUCAUAAGCACAGUGGCGUAGGCAAGGAUUGUUCUUUUUUGUGUAUUUGUGGGGGUCCUUUGGAUACCCCAAAAAAAGUGUGUGAAGGGUUAAUAAUGCAUUCCCCUGCAGAAAAUCUCAACUAUGCCGUUUCAUAUGCAUAUAAUAGUAUCUCUUCUGACUAUAUUACUAUUACUGUAGUUUAGUAUGGGUAUAAUAUAUUCUAUAUGAUGUAUGCCUUACUGAAAGUUAUAAACAUAAUAUUAAUAUGAUAAUAUAUUUUAUUUUGUUUCACUAUUCAGGGUCAAGGCUCAAUAAAAUAAUGCCCAACAGUUCCUUUAAAGACUGAUGGUCAGGACAGCUAUCAUGAUAAUGACUGAACAAGUCAUCACUGCUUCACUGUGCUGGAAAUAUUGAUAUGAAGUAUUCAGUGCGAAAAUAUUUUAAAAUGUCAAUCAUCUGAUGAGACUUCAGCUUUAUCACCUAUCUUAGGUGUCCAGUUCUGCAACUUCUCAGCCAAGCUCCAAAUAUAUGUGUCAAAAUAUGAAACCUUCAUUGGAGAGAUUUUAUAGACACUAAAGUGUGUUGACUGAAACUCAUUUUCAUCACAAAGAAGAGAACGCUAACUCCAUAUGAAAAAAGAUGCUUUCCACUUGUAGCUAUACGUAUGUGCUAAAAAGCCCCGGAGAACACAUUGCAAAAGUUGCACUUUAAAAGUAAACGUCAACAAUUUUUCAUGUCUAAGUAAAUUGAAAAAUUGCAAUUUUUAACCCAUUCUCUAGUGUUGCGACCAAAUGCGACAUACCCGCCUCACUACUAAUGCGACCAAAUGCGCCAUGACGCCUAGCUACGUACACAUAACACACGAUAUCGCGAGAAGCAUUGUUGCCUCGCGAAUAGCUUUGGGAUUUUAAGGAAGUGAGAAUAGAGCUGCUUCCGUUUCUAUCAUUUAUGGUUUGAAAGUUGCCUGGUGUAGAAGUCGGCUACUUUUAGUGAAUUUGGUAGUGUGUUUUUGAAGACUUAUUUUGGUAUGGCGUUUCAGUUUCUGGACUUGAUUGCUGCUUCAUCGUCUAAUUAUUCAGUUGCAACUAAUUCAGACAAUGAGGACGAAUCUGACAUUGAGAUAGAACAAAAUGCGCUAGACUUAGACAGUGAAUCGGAAUAUAACUCUAUGAAAGUAACCCCAGUAACAGUGAUGAAGAAGACACUGUCACCGAUUCUUGGUCUGACAAUUUGACCAGUGUUACGGAUAAAUUAGAGAAUUUCAAUGAAAUAAUAGAUGGAAUACACAACCUUCCUCUUGACAGUAGUCCAAUAGACUACUUUAAACUCUUUGUGACUGAUGCUGUGGUGGAGAUCAUUGUGAUCGAAACCAACCGAUAUGCAGACCAGCAGCAAGCAGCUUAGGGCAAAACAGAUGCCCAGUGGAAGGGUGUUUCCAGUGAGGACAUUUAUAAACUCAUUUACAUCAACGUUAUGUUUGGAUUACUUAAAUUGCCAACCACAAAAUUGUAUUGGUCUGCUGAUAAGCUGUGGAGGGUCCCUGCAGUUGCAGAUGGGAUGGGGCGCACCUGUUAUGAAAAAAUCAGACAGUAUUUUCACCUCACUAAUAGUGAGCAAACUCCAGCCAAGAACGCCGCAAACUAUGAUCCCCUCUACAAAGUUGGGCCUCUAUUGGAUCAUUUUAGGAAUGUAUGCCAAACAGCGUACAAACCACAUCGACAGCUGUCUGUGGAUGAGGCAAUGGUUGGAUUCCGUGGUCGCUUGUCCUUCAAGCAGUCUUUGAGCAAUAAACCAACCCCAUGGGAGAUUAAAAUAUGGUGCUGGUUAUGUUCUCAACUUCCAGAUUUAUACAGGAAAAAGCAACAAUCCAUCCGAUCAUGGACUGGGGUAUAAUGUUGUUAUGAACAUGAUGGAACCAUACCUGGAUAGGUACCAUGAAGAUUUUUUUGACAACUUCUUUUCCUCCCCCAAACUCGCAGAGGACCUCCUACAACGCAAGACGUACAGCUGUGCAACCAUUAGGCCUAACAGAAAAGGCUGGCCACUAACCAAAUCAAAACAGAAGAGGGGUAGUGUCAAAAUUAAACAGAAGGGUCUAAUGGUUGCCACACAAUGGACUGACAAAGGGCAAGUCAACAUACUUUCAACAAAUAAUGACCCGGUGGUUACCACAGUUCAACGCAGGUCGAAACAUGGAAUGGUGGACACAGAGAUCCUAAUGCCUGUUGUGAACUACAACUCUGGUAUGUUCAGUGUUGACCUGUCAGACCAGCAUCGUGCCUACUAUCCUGUGGGCAGAGCAAGCACGAAGUGGUGGAGGUAUGUCUUUUGGUAUCUCAUAGACCUCUCAAUGGUCAACAGCUUUCUCUUGAUCAAAAGCGCCAAACCGACAGAUGCUGCAGACUCUCCUGCCCAAAAUCAUCUUCUAUUUAGAAAAGCUGUUUUGGACCAGCUUUUGACCGGAGCUACACAGUGCAGGCAACCUGACACACCAAGUGUCUCUGGCAGAUACAGCCCGUACAACAGCAUAUGUUAAGCUUAAUGCCUGGUCGAAAACGAAGGUGCUACCAGUGCUCUGUUGAUGGACAGCAGUAGACCCAGAGAGACGACAACAGGCUGUCAUUUAUGUCAAGUCCACCUACAUAAGGGGUACUGCUUUUCAAAGUUCUACGAAACACUUAAACAAUAAUAAAUGACAAACAAUGGCGGUCAACGCUAAGAAAAAGCUGUGUAAAUUUGAAAACUUUUUCCAGAAUUUAUUUAAAAUAUAUUUGUAAAUUAAAGUAUACAAACCUAUACAUUUUUAAAAAGGUCGUACAAUUUUCUAUUUUUUAAUAUAUGCUCAUUUUAAGUUGAUGUUUAGUCGUUUAAAAAUAUUUUUAUUUAACAUGGGGGUGCAUGUUUUUUUAGAGUGAUCCCCCUUUGCUUAGCAUUUCAGGGGUGUUUUGGUGUUAGUGGUUAGUAGCGAAUGGGUUAAGAAAUUAAAAGAUAUUUUAAUGUAUACACCUCAAUCGCUUAAUUUUUUUGUUCAUUUGUGAUGUAUUUCAAUGUUGCUUUACAUGUUUUUUUUUAUAUUAACAAAACGCCGUGUUGCGAAAGACAGGAAUUUUUUGUUUUUAGUUGGGAAAAGUAGAGAAAUUUUGUUUUUAAAAAGGAGUGGGAACCCUGGAAUGUUUAGCAAUUUUUAAAAAAAUUUUGUGCACUUUUUGUCUUUUACUUUGUAUUAAAAUUUCAAUCAUGAUAUCAUAAAUGUUGUUAAUUACAGUACUGAAAAAUAAAGUUUUAAUUUUUUUCAAGAAUUUACCCCAUUUCAAAGCCUUUUUUUUUAAAUUAUUAUUUUUUGGGGUUUUUUUUGGUUUAUAGUAUAGUGACAAAAAAAAAAAUGGUAUCUUAAAAGUGUGUACUUUUUUUGUUUGCUAAAAAUCGUGCUGGAUCCCGGAAGAGAAUCAAACCCUUAUCUAAUCUCUAUAUGCCGCCCUGCAUGUCAUUCCUUCAUUGGAGUAUUGUACAAGUUUUUCAUGUACACCAUAAUGCCAGAGAGGUUUCCACAGUUUGUCCAAGCUAUCAAAGGCUUUUGUAUAUUCAUUUUAUGGGGGAAUUCAAUUUAAUUAACUGUUCUACAAUGUUCUAAAGUUUAUUAUGAAAAUUUAAUUUAUUUCAAAAUUUUUUCUUUUCAGCCACCAGUCAUCCAGAAAGCGAUGAGUCUGGGUCUUCUUCUGAUGAUGAAAAUUAUGAACCCAUAGAGGAACAUAAAAAGGUUAUUAAAGCAAUUAUUUAUAAUUUAGUAUUUAUUCGUAAAAUACACCCUCAUACAUCACUUAGAUAGGUAGAUGUCAGUUUUAACCCAUUCACUAUUAACCUCUAAUGCUGAAACACCCUCUGGAAUACUAAACAAAAGGAGAUAACUUGCAUUUACAGGCCCCCAAUGUUAUAAAAGUAAUUGUUUGAACCAUAACAUCAUGCAAUUUUUUUUUCAAUUUAACAAUAGAAAAAUUAAUGACGUUUCUGAAAAUGUAAUAGCUUUUAUAUACUUUUAUUUACUCUUCUUUUUGCUUUAAAGUAAUUAAUCCUUUUUUUUUUUUAAUUUCCGCAUCAUUUUAGAAUGUUUGCUGUGAUUUUAGAAUCUUAUGAAAUUUUGAAAACCAGGAACCCUUGUAACUAGUGUACAGCCGAUUGUUGUUUCCCUGUUUCACCACUGUUCUUCUUGUUAUCAUCAGUUGAACAAUAGUAAUGUCAACAUUUUCUGUCAUUUAUGGGGCACAGUGUUUGAUAACUGCUGUAUGGCCUAUUUUUUUGUUUCCAUCAUCAUGGCAUAAAGCUAUACCAUUCCAUGGGUUAUAAUAAAAAGUCUGAAAUAAUCUGCUGUACAGCUAUAAAUUUUAAAAAGCUAUCAAUGCAACCCUUCAAUCUCUUUCAAUCUGAUCUGAUCUGUAACACUGGUCAAAUUGUCGGACCAACACUCGGGGGACAGUGUAUCACAUUGUCAUCAGAUCCCUCUUAGUAUCAUUCAAAUUUGAUUAUUAUUAUUAUUCUCAUUAUUUUUAUAUGAUCUACGUCAAUAUCUGACUUAUUUUUAUUGCUAGUACCGGUAUUAUUGAAUGAAUAUCUAUAUUGAAUUAGACACUGAACCAGCAAUCAAACUAAAAUACCAUAGCAAUAAAUUCUCGUACAGCACAAAUUCCCUAAUGCAAGACCAACUUUACAACUCAUAGCUCAUGAACAUCUGUUUUUUAUUUUAAUACACAAUCACCUAACUUUCCAAUGUUAUCCCAUGGAAACAACACUGCUCGUGAGACAGACUGGUAUGUUCGUUGCUAGGGGCUACAACACACUUGCGAGGGGGGGAGGGGGUGUUGCAUUUGGUCGCAAUAAUAGUGAAUGGGUUAAACUUUUUUUUUAACUUUGAAAAGCCUGACACUAGAUACAGUCUUGUAUGGACUUGAAUGAACUAGUAGGAUCUUUUUAAAUUGAACUUAAAACUCAACAUCUAUGCUAAUGAGAUAUCCUGAUUUGCAUAAUUAAUGUAUGCAAUUUUUUUUGUAGAAUUAGAAUUAGCAUGUCUUACUUGCAGAAUUUUAUUGAAUUUUCUGAUUGUUAAACUUUAAAUAAGUCCCAAAAAAGUUAGAAUGGUAUUCAAUGUGAAAAAAAUGCACAAAAUAUACCCCUGAGGGGCUUAUGCGUGUGGCAUUUUUCAAGGUCACAUUGAAGCAUUUAUAGGGGCCAAUGGUACCAAAAAAAUUGACAGAACACUAAAUUGUCAAUCAAAGCUGCCAUUAAAAUGGGGUGAUGAGCAAGAAAUAUGAGAAGCACUCUUGAUUAGCUGGUACAAAGACCAGCCAGCCAAUCUUGAGGCUUAUAUUAUUGGGCCUUAUAGAUCUGCCCAGCCCUUCUAGAGCAUGUUAAUUAUCUCAAAAAUUAAUAUUAUUUGAACACUUCAAGAUGUCAUAUUUGUUUACUUAAUGGUAAAAAAUAAUGCGCAUAAGUCGAACUCACUGUUAAAAAUUACUGUUGGGUAACACCUAAUUUAAUACAGACUAAAUACUAAAAUUAGUUAGUGCAAACUGAAAUUAACUAUAAAAAAGCGAACAUUUGUGAUGAUAUACUUUAAAAAGUUAUUCUAAACUCAUUUUAUAGAAAUAUCUCAAUAAACAAAAACGUUCAGCAAUUUUCAAAUUAUGCUGAAAAUCAAAUAAAAAAUUGAUAUUUAUUUUUAUUCUGAAAAAAUAGCCAUUUUUAAGGACCUAUAUUUCCUAAAGUAAUCAAUAGAGAAGUCCGGAAAUCAGUGCAUUUGCUUAAGCCUUAAAACAGUUAAGCUCAAUUUUUUUCAAGCAGCUAGUACAAUAAAUUCAAAAUUUUUUAAAAACAGAAUGCUUUUUUUUUUUUUUUUUUUUUUUUUUUUUUUUUUUUUUUUUUUUUUUUUUAUUUUUUUUUUUUUUUUUUUUUUUUUUUUUUUUUUAUGAUAAAAUUUGUAUUUUUUGCUAAUUUUUUUUAAGUUUUUAUUUUUAAAAACCUAUGCCUAUUCUCCUGGCAUUCUUUAUUUUUAUGUCUCUUGGUAAGUAGUUAAAACAAAACACUCUCUCCUUUUCCUCUCCCCAUUUUAGUAGACUUUUUUUUUUACACAACCACUACCCUAGUUGCCAUGACACGUAUGUUGUCAUGGCAACAAAGAUGGCUGGGGGGGGGGGGGGGGGGAAAAAAAAAAUUUUUUUUUUUAUUUUUUUUUUUUUUUUUUUUUUUUUUUUUUUUUUUUUUUUUUUUUCUUGCUUUCUGACCAAAAAAGUGUAAAAACAACUAUUUGAAAACUUUGCAUUUUUAAAAAAAAAUAUAUAUAUCAUGGACUUACAUAAACAUAUAGUAUAACAAAUUGAAUAUAGUUUUAAGCAGCACAACUUGCACUGUGACUUAAUGGCAUCAAGAAACAUGUAAUAACAUAUGACUGGUAUGUACAUACUGCACAAUUUUUUAAAAUGGGGGUUCAAAAAAUAUGAUUUAAAAACUUGUGUUGUCAUGUUGCUUUAUCAAAAUCAAAGGAAAAUUAUUCCAGAUGUGUCUACUCAUAACUAAAAGAAUAAUAAAAACAAUAAUCAAUGCAGAGUAUUAUAAAAAAAAUAUAUAUAGGAAUUUAGCGUAAAUUUCAAUUAAAUUAUCUGGAAAAUGCCCAGUCUAUCUAAUGGAUCGUGACCGGGUAAGCUUCUGUAACCAAAUUCUGUAGUAUCAUAUUUGAAGACUACAGGGGAAAAACCACAGUUGUCCAAUUUUACACAUUUUCGCGUUUGUGUCACUUUCAUCGAGUACUGGUGCUUAACUAUGACCUCUGAAAAUAUACAAGCGAAAAACCACCGUCGUCAUUAAAAAAUUCUUUCAAAUAGAAAUCUUUAAAAUCAAAUGCUCCUGAAGUCUUCAAACACAAAAUUUCAUUUAUCUCAAAAAUAGAAAAAGUGGACAACUGUGGGUUUUCCCCUGUAGUCUUCAUUUGCUUUCUGUACUAAGUUCUAGUUUCAUUCUCCAUUGUUGAUAUUUAGUAGAUUUAAUAAUCACAUGAAAAAAUGUAAUGUAACUAGUCACUCUCAUGUAGCAUCAAAUUGGCAAAAAUGUUACUUAAAAGUUAAUUAAGAUAGAAUUAUUAUUUUUUUUAGUUUUGAAAUAAACCCUGAAUUUGAGAAUCAUAGGUGUUUUUUUAAACUCAAGAAUAUGUGAACUAGUCAAGUCCAUGGUCUUAGGCCUAUGCUAUAGACUUACUAGUGAGUCUAAGAUGAAGCAAUAUUAAAACAAUUUUAACUUAGAAAUAAGUUUUAUUGAAUUAUAAUAAAUUAUUCACAACCUCACUUUCAAGAUAACCUUGCAAUUAUUUGCAUAAACUAUGUAUAAACUCACAUCUAGUCAAUAUGUUCAGUUACUCAUGCAUUAUAAAUUAUAUGAAACUUUAAUACUACCACUUAUGAGUUGAUUAAAGACGCAAAUAUAGUUAAAAAGCUCCCACUGUGGCACUGGUAGUAGUGACCAAAACACAUCGACCUUCUACUUCUACCUUCUUCUUAAGCUGUAGAACUGGACAUAAUCUUGUUGUUUUUUUUUUUUUGUAAACAUCACAGCUCUGCGCCCAUUGUGCCCACUCCUUUGAUCUUUAGCAAUUAAAUAGUUAAAAAGGUGAACUUUCCAACAGUGUAAAAAAAAAGUAGUAAAAUCUCUGUGAUCAAUGUGAUAGGUAUAUUUUCUAUACAUCUGCUCUUUCUUAUGGUGAUGGUGGUAGAAUUAUUUCGAUAGCUUAAAUAUGCACAUAGCCACACGCAUUUGAAACACCAUGUGGAAAAAUAGGCACUCGCAAAAACACAGUACAAUUUGUCAAAACUGAUACUUUUUCAAAGACACAAAAUUAACACAUUUGUUUAUUUUAGACAAUUCAAGUUGGUUCAGACUUUCAAGCAGUUAUUCCUUCCGGUCUUUCUGCUUAUGGAGAUGCUCCUGCCUAUGAAAAUGAAGACAGGCUUUUAUGGGAUCCUUCUAAAAUUAAAGAUGAAGCAGGUGAUUUUAUUUUUGUACAAAAUUACUUGAAAUGGUUAUGCUUUAAAGUGAAAUGAAUUUCAAUGAUUCACUUUCUCAGCAUUGUGAAGCUUUACUGCUUUUUGACAUUACUCAUAUUACUGUCCUCUUUUUCUUUCUUUUUUCAAUCUUUCAGCUCUAAAUGAUUACCUCUGUAAUGUUCAACGAGAGGUUGACAGAAAGCUUCACACAGUUGCAAGCAUUCCAAGGGGCAAGCAUAUACGUGAUGAUGAACAGGUAAGCAAGAACAUAUAUUAAAAAAAAAAGAAUAGUCCAUUUAUUCAAUUUCAACAAUCAUGAUGCAGAUUUUUAAAGUAUAACUUGUAACAAAAUAGUAUUGAUGAGUCAGCUCUGAUUAAGCUGAGUUAUGUCUUUGAAGCAAAUUAUCUAAUUCAGUUACGGUUCUUUAUUUUUGUCAGGCAUUGUUUCUGUUACUGCAAUGUGACAACAAUAUAGAAGAAGCUGAAAGAAGGCGAAAAAUGCAAGCAGUUCCACCCACAGGUUAGAACCAAACCAUGAUACAUUUAUGAUUGCCAGCCUCUCAAGACAUUAUCUAUUUUAAAGUAUCUAUUUUUACACCCCAAAAAAACCCAAUAAAACUGCUGCACGCGUAUUUAAAGAGGGUGUUUGUGUUGUGUGUGUUUUGCAAUUGUGUGCUUUCCUUUUUUCUACCCAAUUUUAAGCUUCCGGUGUUUAAAACAAUUUCAGAUGUAAUGAGCUUAUGGUCAGAAGAUGAAUGUCGAAAUUUUGAAGAUGGGUUACGUUUAUAUGGCAAAAACUUUCAUGAAAUUCAUCACAACAAGGUUUGUUAGCUUAGGAUUAUAAUUUUUCUACCAUUAAGUAAAUGAUGAAGAUAAAAAUAAUUCCUUGUUACUUUGUACAUAGAUGUAUUGUUUUUAAACAUUUGCUAUUAUCAAUUUAAAACAAAAAAUACAUACCUUUCAUUAAGUGAUUUAUUUCAAUAGGUGCGGACACGUUCAGUUUUUGAAUUAGUUCAUUUCUACUAUUUAUGGAAAAAAACUGAGAGGCAUGAUAUAUUUGCUGCAAAGACCAGAGCAGAGAAACGAAAAUAUUCACUAAAUCCUGGCGUUACGUAAGUUUUGCAUUUACAUUAUAAUGAGAGUUUGUAUAAUAUUGUUUUUAAAAAAUUAAAUUUAAGCUUUGAUUGGUAAUUAUUUUGACAUACAAUUUUAAUUUUUUGCCUUUGCAGAGAUCACAUGGACCGUUUCUUAGAGGAGCAAGAAGUAGAGCUACAUCAAAUAAUGGCACCACAGCCUUCAGACUCGAAGGUUGAUAUGUCCGAUGAUGAUCCCACUAGAUCUAACAUGGGCCUUUUUAACACUGGUAAAACUACCAUUAUGUCCCCUUCUCGCCAUUUAGAUAGGGGUCUUGUUAAAGGUGAACAUCUUGGACCUUCGAAACGUAUUCACCAUCUGCACCAUCAUGGGGACAUCUAUGGUAACAACUGCCGUACUGAGAACCCUACAGAUCAUCUGUCUCCCAAAAAGCUUAAGCUUGACAACUUCAUAUUAGAUCAACAGUCACCUAAGAAGCAAAAACUUCUUGACCUCGGUCAAGAGUCUUUAGGGACAUCUCCCAAGCAACCCUCAUCCUUAACUAAUCCUCUACUUACUGAUAAAAAUCUGUCCGUGCCUGAGUGUGAGCAGGGAAAUCAACCAAAGCAUAUAGAAAACAACACUAGUGCAUUCUGUAUGGUGGCUGGGGCAACCGAUACUGAUAUUGGUUCAGGCAUCAGAACAGAUGGAGCUAUAGACAAACUCACAAGCAGUGAAAUUUCUUUUUCACCAGUUACAUCAUGUAAAUCUCCAAGUCUUACACAAGUCUCGGCUAAUGUCAACAAGCCAGUGAGCAGUGCUGGAGACACUGCUGGCCCAGACCUAGCAUAUAAAUCGGUAACAUCAGAAUCUGCAGUGCAGUAGAAUUGAAAGGUUGGAUGUUUCGAAUCAUUUAAAAUGUUGGUGCAGUAACUCUGAACUUUUGUUGAAUGCAUUUUUUUUUUAAAUUUAAUUUUCAAAGAAAUGUUAAAUAUUGUAUAUUUGUAAAUGUUUGGUAGUUUGCAGUGAAGUGAGUAUGUAAGAAGUAAGCCUGUGGUAAUCAAUUUUAUGAAUGUGGAUUUUUUUGCCUCCAAGUUACAUUGCAUGAAAGACAUUUGUGUUCCUCACAAAUAAUUAUAUUUUCUAAUAACUACUACAUGCCUGUUUAUUUAUUAUGUAACAUGUCGAACUAGAGCAUAGAAACUCAUGGGAAAUGCAUUAUGUACAAGUUUUCAUUGGGGCUUAUUAAUAUUUUUAUUUAAAAUUUUUCCCUAAAUCAUUUUAAUUCAGAAUUACAAUAUUCUCCAAACAGAAAAAAAUUACACAGCAUUUUUUAUUAUUUUAAUUUUCGUAUUUAUUUGGAUAACAAAUGAAUAUCAAGAUUGAAGCUGUGGUUCAACAAAACUAUUAAUUGUUGAAGAAAAUUGAUGGUACGCCCAACUUCAUAAAUUCAAUGCUUUCUUUCCAAGUGGUUCAUUGUGUUUAGCUCCUAUCUCAGGUGAUUCUUGACUGUGAUCAUUAGAUUUUGACUGGAAAAAAGAAGAGCAAAAGUUGGACAUCUUUAAUUUUUGACUUAGUAACUUAGUAGACAUUUCAUUUAACUAUAAUUAUAAUGGAUUUAAUGGAACUAUUUCUUUUUAAUUUGUAUAUAACUUUAUAACCCCGACUUACAGCGGAAUAAUUGAAAGAGUGGGGUGGUUUGAUUAUGAGCAUGUUAUUGUUAUAGGAGAUUUUUAUAAUUUUGUCUCCAAGCUUUGUUAGAAAACAAUGUUGAAAAUGUAAUUUACUGAAGUCACCUUAAAGCAGAGUGGGGAAAAUUGGGUCCCAAACUUGGUCUUCAUUUUGUGACUGCUGCUGUGAUUGGCUAUGCUUGGAUAGUAUAAAGUACCGACAUUAAAUAAUGAGAUAUCAGGUGAUCAUAUUUGAGAAUGGUCACAGCAACUCUCAUUUUGGAAUACACACACAAAGAAAGACAAGAAGACCACAUAUUUCUUUCCAAGUGAAAGUCAUCUAUUUUUGGAAAUAAUCGGUAUGGUUUGACACAUGAAACAAGUAGACUAUCUGAGUUUUUGAGUCUUUUACUUUUAGUUACACAAUAAUUAUUUUUAAAAGUCUAGGGGUUUGUUUGUUUUUUUUUUUGGUAGUUUUUUAAAAUCUUAGUACCAGCAUAUUGUUAUAACGGAUGAGCAGGUUUUAACAUAACAGGCUUUUCUAGGCCAAAAUUUAGAUAGGGGGGCUGGGGGUGUUGACAUAUGAACAAAAGGUUUAGUAGAAAUAGUAUGUAAAAUAUUGCCUCAUUUGGUGGCUUUAAAGUUAAAGCAAGUUUAGUAUGUUAAUGUUACUUUAAAACUUACCCUUUUCUUUCUUUUUUUUAGAGCAUGUGGGGUUAGAGGGUGAGGUGAGCUGUUUUAUUCAAUCACAACACAUGAAGAUGGGGCUAUCCUAUCAACCUGUUGAGCAACCCCUUCUCUGUCAGUUUGUUUUUAUUUCCCUUAAAACUUAAUUGCAUGGGAGGAUAGAUGAACAGUUGUUGAUUUUAUUGAUGUGAAAGCAAAAGGCCCACAAAGAAGGCAGAUGGGCAGUGCCUUUUUUAUUCAAUUUAAAAUAGCUAUCUUAAAUAAAAACUAAAGCCAGUCAACAUUACUAUUUAGUUGGGGUUUUUUUUUUUACGAUUCAUAUAAACACGUCUUUUGUUUCUCUCUGAUUGAGUAUGGAACGGUUAAGUGCUAAAUUGAAUUUUAUCACUGAGCCCCUCCCCCAACUUUUGCUAAGGAAACCUUUGGCACACUAAAUUUCUGAUUCACCAUCAACCAACAAUUAAAGCAAGGACACAAUUUUUAAAAAGCUCUUCAUAUUGUUAAUGGAGAAAUAGGCAAUAACUUGGAUCGGAGGAUAAAGAUACAACAAAUUGAAGCUUCUAGUGGACAGAAAAACAGCAUUACACCUAAGUAUAAAAAAAAAUUAGUAAAAAUAUAAAAACGUGGCUUCAAAAAAAUAAUAAUAAGUGUGGGUGAUUUUAAUAUGAAUUACUGAGGUUAUAUUUUGUUCCUAAUUUUGUAAAUAUACUUGUUUGUGAAUAAUUGAAUUUAUUUAAGUUUAGCUGAUAUUCCCAUUAAAAUAACGUCUUUUAUACCAAUAAAUAAAAUUAAACAUUUAUUGAUGUUUUACCAAGUAAUAAGCAAUUAAUCAGAUUUUAAUUGCAGUACAUAUCUAUUAUUUAUUUAUAGAAAGAGGAAAUGUACUUUGUGUUUAGCUCACAAGAAAAACUAUUUUUGCAUAUGUUGCGCAAUAAAAUUGAUAUGAAAAGUUUCAUUUGUUCACAAUAUUACCAGUAUAACAACUUAACACUAAUUUUAAACUCCAGGCUGAACUUAUAAUAAUUUAUAAGAUUUUGUCUAAAUUCUCUACCAAUAUAAUCGUGUUCUGAUGUGUGUACAACAUCAUCUUGGCUAAAUAUAUUUUUUUUAAUUGUAUAUAUAUAUUUCAUAUUGAUAACAUUUAUAGCUAUUUGGACUUUUCUUUUAUCAUAUUCUCACUUGCAGGAC